CAUGCCUAGCUCGGUUCUCACUCUGCGAGUGGACAUUCUCAAGCUCUGAGGGGUGAAGAACAAGCGGAAAAGCGAACGACCCGGAGGAACAUAUAAUGGCUACGACUCCGAUCUGUCGUUGUCGCGUCCUGUACCUGGGCUCGGCCGUCCCACACGUGACGAAAGACGGUCUUCAAGGCAUUCAAGAACCUCUGAGAGAUCUGUACCCGGAGGCCGGGCCCCUUUCGGCCCGCGGCAUAGAUUCUUGGCUUUCGGUAUGGAGCAAUGGCUUGCUCCUGGAGAACGUAGACGAGUCUCAGCGUCAGCACACGCGUUUCUUCCCCAUUGAAACGCUCCACUAUUGUGCGGCAGUACGCUACGUGAUCGUGCCAAAUAUGCAAGGAGGUCGGGCCGUAGAGAAAUUCCUGCCUCUCGACAGUCCAUUCGCGAGACACGCCGGUCCAUCCCAGCCGCCCGUGUUCGCCUGCAUACUGCGUAGAACCACGGGCAUCAAAGUUCUCGAAUGCCACGCGUUCAUCUGCAAAAAAGAGCAGGCAGCCAAUGCCCUCGUCAGAUGCUGUUUCCACGCUUACGCCGAUUGUACGUACGCUAAACAAAUGGAAGAGAAUCCGUACGCAUCGCUGGCGCCCCGUAGGUCAAAAAGCGCGAUGGGCUUAGAGAAAAGCGGCCACGGAUCAGACCAAUCAUGGAGAAAUUCCACGUCUGACACACCGAACGAAGACAGCAUCCUGCUGGACGACGAAACCGACACCGACGAUAUUUCGAAUAACUACAAAGUGUGGAACGGUCCGUCGCCCCGGGACGUUGUAUACUCGCCGCCGACGGAAACAGGUGCAUUCAACACGGGAACUCUACGGUCUAUCCAUAGUACGGCCUCUCGGCGACCCCGUCAGCUGGCUCAGCCUACAAGUGCCCCACCUCCGCCUCCUUUGCCACCGCCCAUGUUACCUCCAAUGGAGCGUGGAGGUGGUGGUGCUGGUUUCCCUCAUCCGGUCGGAGUCGGUUUGUCUCCACAUCAAGGUGUAGCGCCCAUGAUGGGAAUAGCUCCGCCAAUUUCGAAGAAAGAGCUCCAUACGCUGAAAAAGCUCAAAGCAAAAGAUAAGAGUCGUAAGAAGUCGGGCAAAGAUCUUCAAUCGAACGGCAACGUGUACCCAGUCUAUCCAAUGAUAGCGUAUCCACCUCCAUCUCAGCAUCACGCGAUGUACGGAGGACGUCGCGGACCACCUCUCUUCCCUUACGAAGAACCGGUUUAUCUACCGAACAUGCGACCAAUUAGUCCUGUUGCUUCCUAUCAACCAGGUGGAUUCCCUCACGAGCAAUAUUUCAUGCAAUACGGUACAGUUCCACGACCUGCGACAGCACAUGGAACUCGUCCGUCGAGCCGGGCGUACAAGAAGCAACCCGCGUCAACGGGUCUACAACAGCAGCAGCAGCAACAACAGCAACAACUCCAUAAUAAUCAUCAUCAUCAUCAUCAUCACCACCACAAUACUUCUAGUUCAGCGGAAAGCUCUCCAUUCAAUACAGGCAUCUACCGGAAGAAAGGCCAUUUGAACGAACGAGCGUUCAGUCAUUCGAUCCGACAGGAGCACCGGUCUCGGAGCAACUCGGUCGCUGCCUUGGACUUCGAUGUUGAGGACGUCGGCGACGGUAUGCAGGCGAUGGAUUUGGGUCCGCCGCCUCCUCCUCCGCCAGCCGGUCACCCUGUGGCCAACGGUAAUGGUUAUGGGCCUCAGAACGGUUAUGGACAGGUGUAUGGACAUGCGCUCGUUGAAGCGGAUUCGAGAACAAUUGAAAAGAAAACACAGAAGAAGAAAGACAAGAAGGCCGCUAAAGAAAAAGAUGAAUCCCCCCCCCCUCCCCCCGAUGAUUAA